AAAACUGAGUUGUGAUGUGGAUAGUCGUUUAAUCAUCCAGAAAGGCUCUAAACAUGUGGCUGUAGUCGUUUAAACUUAAAAAACUUGUUACUUUUUUCUGACACGGGGUCCUCUGGUGGUGGUGCGGUGGACGACUGGUGGUAGUAUGGUAAAUAUUGUCCGGGGAUGAGCUUUUUUUUGGGAAUAUGGGGACCCUUACAACAACACCACCACUUGUUCUUCAAACCCCAAAUAACAUUGCUUCUUUAUCAUCACCACUUUUUAGUUUGGCAGAUGCAUUCAAGUCCAAAUGCACAUACAAAUAUAAAUACAAAUACAAAUACAAUGGCUUGUGUUUCCGCCACCGUGGCCGUCUGUUCGUCUGCGCUGCUACUAAGAAACCUGAAAGUGAUAAUAAUCAAGAAGAGGAAGAAGAAGGUGGAAUAUUAGGAGGAAAUAGUGGCAUAAUAUCCGCCUGUUUUGUUGGUCUCCUUACUGGCCUCUCUGUAGUCCUCUUCAAUAUCCUGGUGCAUGAAAUUCGUGAUAUUUGCUGGGAUGGAAUUCCAUCUCGAGGAACCUCAUGGUUAAGAGAGUUGCCACAUGAGAAUUUGUGGGAGCGUAUAGUCUUGAUACCAACUUGUGGAGGAUUGAUUGUUAGUUUUCUGAACGUCUUUCAAAGUUCUUUGGAAGAAGGAAAAUCAGCAGAUAGGGUAAAAUCUGUUCUGAAACCCAUAGUGAAGGCUCUAGCUGCUGCUGUAACACUUGGAACUGGGAACUCUCUUGGCCCUGAAGGUCCAAGUGUUGAGAUUGGCGCAUCAGUGGCUAAGGGAGUUGGUUCGUUAUUUGACAAAGAUGCUCAGAGAAAACUCUCUCUUAAAGCUGCGGGCUCAGCUGCUGGAAUUUCAUCUGGUUUCAAUGCUGCUGUUGCUGGGUGCUUUUUUGCUGUAGAGUCAGUCUUAUGGCCAUCACCUGCUGAGUCAUCGUUAUCAUUGGCAAAUACAACAUCUACAGUCAUUCUUAGUGCUGUGAUAGCCUCCGUGGUGUCAGAAAUUGGUCUUGGAUCUGAACCUGCCUUUAUGGUUCCAGACUAUGAUUUCCGCUCAGCAAGUGAACUUCCACUGUAUCUUUUGUUGGGUGUUUUUUGUGGGCUUGUUUCUUUGAGCUUAUCUUGGUGCACAUCAUGGAUGACAAUGGCUACCGACAACAUUCAGAAGACCUUUUCCAUGCCAAAGGCAAUUUUCCCUGUACUUGGUGGUUUUUCUGUUGGACUCAUAGCCUUGUUAUAUCCUGAAGUUCUGUACUGGGGCUUUGAGAAUGUUGAUGUCCUCUUAGAGUCUCGGCCGCUUGUGAAAGGCCUCCCUGUUGAACUAUUAUUGCAGUUAGUAGCAAUUAAAAUAGUGGCAACAUCUUUUUGUCGUGCAUGUGGGUUAGUAGGAGGCUACUAUGCCCCAUCUCUUUUUAUUGGUGCGGCUACAGGAAUGGCAUAUGGGAAAGUAUUCGGUUCUAUGAUCCCUCAACUCAGUCCAAUCUUUCAUCUACCAGGUCUCGAGGUCGCAUCACCACAAGCAUAUGGCUUGGUUGGCAUGGCUGCUACUCUUGCUGGGGUGUGUCAGGUGCCUCUUACUGCAGUCUUGCUAUUGUUUGAGCUUACACAGGAUUACCGCAUAGUGCUACCACUUCUAGGCGCUGUAGGAUUUUCUUCCUGGAUCACAUCUCGUUCCAUAAAGAGAAAGGAUAAUAUUUCCAAACAGGUGCAACAUUCUGAAACAAUGGUCAGUGACCCAAACAUGCUUACUUCUAGUGAUCUGCUUGCAGCAAGUCCUGAUGAAUUCUCACACAUGCCAUAUAACAUUGAUGGCAAUACCAGUUACAUGACAAAGAAGCUUCUUGUUUCAGAAGCAAUGAAAACCGAGUAUGUGACUGUGCUUAUGAGCACCAUGCUAAUGGAGGUGGUGGCUCUAAUGCUGGCAGAGAAGCAAUCCUGUGCUAUGAUAGUUGAUGAUGACAACCUCCUGAUAGGUUUUCUGACUCUAAGAGACAUACAUGAGUUCUGCAAGCUAUCAAAAGAAAGAAACAGAAUACCCGAGGAACUUGUCGUGUCCGAACUAUGUUCUCUAAAUGAGUUGUGUCAGUUCCCCCAGACUGUAACACCCAUGAUGAAUCUGUACUCUGCUGUGCUUGUUAUGAAUACGCAUGGUACAAAUCAACUGCCAGUUAUUUCAGAGCAUGUUGCAGCCCUCCCAGUUGGCAUCUUAGACAGAGAAUCUAUCCAUUUAGCUUGCAGGGCUUUGGCAACUAGAGAAUACCUUGUCUGGUUUUCCACCCCAAACAAACCUAGAAAUUGAUUCGGAUGCGAUCCACACCUGUACAUUGUAGUUUUGUCAUUCUCUCGUGGUUUUGGCCAUAAGCAACCGAAGUAACUUCUGCUUUUCGCUUGUAGCUGGAAGUGCUUUUAAAGUCAGAGGUGCAUAUACCUACAUAAUUGAUAAUUAGAGGAAGAUUGUAACCUUCUGUAGAAUUUAUUUUUGUGUAAAUGUUUUUUACUGCAUUCAAGUUGCCAUGUAUAUCCCAAGAGUUUGUAGAUAGCAAAAUACAUGACAGACUAAGAUUACUAGAACGCGUUUGAUUUGAGAGAGUAGAAAUGGAAAAGAGUACAAAGAUGAUGUAAAUGGUGAAACGAAACAAUACCCUUUUACGAAUAUAGUAAAAAGAUUAUCAUUC